AUGAAAACUACACCAACUGAGUUCAUUCUUCUUUAUGAAAAAUUUCUUGUUGCCUUACAAGAACGCUGUACUGAUUAUCAUCUGAUUAAAAAAUAUCGAGCAAGUCUACCACCAUAUCUCGUUAAUAUCAUUAAAUACCGACGUAAAAUGCUAAAUCUUUAUCGAUUAACUAACGCGAAUGACCAUCGUCUUUCGCUUGCUUCUCUAAAUCGAUACAUUCAAUAUGAAUUAAGAGCAGUUAAGAAAGCUCAAUGGCAAGAAUUUUGUUUCAAUCUCGAACCACAAAAUACUCAACGAUUUUGGCGACACACUCGCACUCUUUUUAACAAACAAAUUCCUAGAAUUCAAGGAUUUGUCAAUGAUGAACAUGAUUCCAUAUUGACUGAAACUAAUGCUAUGAUUCAACAUGCUUUCAACUACUAUUCGACAUUAUUCACAGAAAUUGAAACACCUCACCAAAAUCACAGUGUUAAUGAAUUUAAAGCAUCAUUAUCACAAAAACUCCUCGAACUUCCAUCUAAGCCGUUUUUAUUUUGUAUUGGCGACUUAAUUCGAUCAAUUCGUCGUCUUAAAACAAAGACAUCAAGUGGACAUGAGAAAGUCUCCAACAAAUUGUUAAAAUUGAUUCACAAUUGGUGGGAUGCUCGUAACGAUGAAGUACAAUGGUUGCCUGCUUUUCAAACUGCUACAUCACGUGCUCAACGUUUCUUACGCCGCUUCAUUGAUAAAGCACAAACAAUAUCACCUGAACUUUUCGAAUUUUAUAUUCUCUCAAAGGCGAUGCCGAUGUAUCUACAAAUGCACUUCGAAGAAACUCAAUUUAUUGACGCUCUACCUCGUGCACGGAUAUAUGAUAAAAUUGGUCCUGAAAUAAUUCGUAAAGCUAUUUCACAAGAUAAAUAUCAAAUUAUAAUUGAAACAUUUCUUGUACUAUCACGAUUUUGUGAAUCAAGAUGUUUCAAUGCGAAAACAAAACAAAUGUAUCGUAGGCAUCGAACUAAAAUAGAAGAAAUAAAAAGCAAUAUUUGUAAUGAACAUCUUAUUACACCAAGUUCAAGCUACCAUUCAUAUUCAUCAUUGAAUCAAAGCGAUUUAAAUUGGAAACUCAUUGAUGAACCAUCAGAUUUAACUCUUGAAGAUAUUGUUUUAACAAAAAAUACAUUGAUUACAUGUAAACCCAGAGCAUCAUUAACACAUAAUGCUUCGUCAUUUUCUACAUGGAAAAUACAUUACACUCCUGGACUUUGUGAUUUAUCGAAUUCGGAUGAAACUAAUUUCAUGAAUUCAGUUUUAUAA